GUGGAGAAGACAUGUUCAUUUGAUAAUCGCCAUGACGUCGGGGCACCAUGCGGCUCCCGAAACUUUCCCUAGCAUUUCUCCCCUCUUUGUCUUCCUGGAGUUGUCUCAUGGUACGUAAAACCACAAUACUCAGAUCCCGUCGAUCAAUCAACGAGAUGGCCAAUAUCCCAGAAUCAGACAAUGUGGUGCGCGUCAAGCUUGUCGAUACGACAACUGCCAUGGUCGGCGUGGCCGAGUCCUUCGUUCAGCCAGUCGUCAAGGGGCACGAAGUCAUCAACUUUUGCUCGCUAGCUUUCCUCCUUGAACAUGAGAAACUCGGCAAAAAGGCGAUGUUUGAUCUCGGCGUCCGAAAAGACUACUGGAACUUACCCAAGGGUGCCCAACAAGGAGUGUUGGGACCGGAUAGCGUCAUCUUUGGCAUGAGUGUACCAAAGGGUAUUGAUGAGGUCUUGACGGAUGGAGGAGUAAACCCAAAGUCGAUUGAUUACUGCAUCUGGUCUCACGCCCACUUUGACCACCGCGGAGACGUAUCCGUCUUUCCCAAAUCAACAACGCUGGUCACGGGGCCUGGAUACUUCUUGUCGAAGGGCAGACCCGGGGGUAGAGACGAUCCACAAGCGGCAGCAGAGUUCGAAGGCCGGCCGCUCGAGGAGGCUAACUUCGACAAAGGCCUGAUGGUGGGCAAGUUCAAAGCCCAAGACUUCUUUGGCGACGGUUCCUUCUACCUGCUUGAGGCUCCGGGCCACCAGCCAGAGCACAUAUGCGGUCUCGCCCGGACCACGCCGUCUUCGUCCCCCGAGGGAGCCACCUUUGUCUUCCUGGGCGGUGAUAUUUGCCAUUUCGCGGGCGUCUUUCGGCCGUCUGAGGAUACCCCGCUUCCGGAUGGAAUUCCCGCUUCGGCCAUUGCAUUGCGUAGAGAUUGGGCGUCCAAGGCCGUGUGCCCAUGCUCCCACUUUACUCCCCAUCAUCCCAACACGUCGGACGAGAAAUUGGCUUCGACCACGCCCUGGUAUGAGCUACCUCGCGGGGGAAAACAUCCCGUCUACACAGACAUCGACCUGGCUACUGAAUCGGUUGCAAAGAUGCGUGAGCUGGAUAUCAAGGACAAUGUGAUGGUCUGCAUCGCGCACGACGCAAGUUUGCUUGAUGUGUUGCCGGUCUUCAAUAAGCAGCCAGAGAGGGACAUUAAUGACUGGAAGACAAAAGGAUGGAAGGCGACAACCUACUGGAGUUGGUUGAACGAGGUGUCCGUGGACGGCAAAACACCACACGAACCGGUGGUGGAGGGCUUCUGGAGGGACGGCAAGAAGUGGGAUUACGCGGGAUACUUGGAGACUCUUAAGUGAGACUGCGCAAUCUCAUAGCUGACCGGAGCAACUGGCGUGGGAAAGAAUGUUACUAUGGUGUGAUGAAUAAAUACGAUGAUACUAUCUGAUCGAGAAAAGAAGGUGAAUAGACAAAGGAGAAUUCCGGAACCCUGAUA